GCUCGGGAGGGAGUGGGGAGUGUGCGGCUGUCGCAGCAGCUUGGAGGCGCCGGCCUAAUCGCGCACGUGGGGGCGGGCCGGAGAGGCCGGGCCGAAGGAAGGAACAGGUGGACUAGCUGACGGGGAAGCUGCAGCCGGUAUAUCCUCAAAAAGGGAGCCGCGCAGCCCCAGCCCUGUUCCGCCUUGGGUCCCCCGGAAUCGGCCAGGCUCGGCUCCCUCCAGCUGAGGUCGGCGGAGAGACUUCCCGCCGCAGCCGCCGUCCCAGCCGGCCCUUGCGGGAGCCCUCGCUGCGCGCCCCGCGCGGACCCCGCGGCGGGUGUUACAGUUAACGGCCUGUGGAUGCCGCCCGCCGCGUCGGCCCGGCCGAUCUGCUAGGUCCUCCUAAGCUUUAUCUUUGGAAAAUGAAUGAAUUUAAAUUUGAAUAUCAAUACAUACCACCUGUGACCGUGCAUUUACCUGAAGAAAUCACCACAUCCAAGCUAUCUUCCUCCUCUGUGGAGGGCUUUGAAGCCAAAAUUGCAAGUCUGGUAGAAAUGUUUCUUGUAGAGGUAUACAGGUGUAAGCUUUGCCAGUUCACCAGCAGCAUAAAAAAUAAAAUCAAGACGCAUGUAUUUAACAUUCACAAACAGGAUGGGUGCCAUCGCAGUUCUGAAUGCCAAGAAAUGAGUACAGAUCCAGAUGAAAAUGAUUCCUACACUAUUGGAGAUGAAAUAAGUCAAGAAAACAAAGAGAAUGAAGAGAAUCUGGAGAAAAUGUCUUUCCUGUUGCCCAUGUACAGAAUGCUUCAUAACAUGAGUCCUGAAUGCUGUGACAUAAAUCUAGAUAAUCAUAGUGACAGUACCCAUACACCCAACGCAUGUGAUGUAAACACACUAUUUGAAGAAGAAUCUGGACAAUUCCAUCUGGGGGAACCGUGUUCUAUGGUAUCUAAUCCACUGUCCUAUUCACCAGACCUCUCUGACUCUAAAAAAAGCAAGGAAGAUGAGGAAGCCCAAUCUGAGCAUCUAAUGUCUCUUGGCCUGUGCCGCAUCUCUAGUGUGAAAUCUCUAGGCAUGCAACAGAAAGUACCCAAAUUAGGCACAAAACAAGAAAUGGGUGGAAGUCACAAAAGAGACACAACUGACUUAAGUAACUCAUCUCAACCAUUGAAAGAUAUUUACUCCCUAAAAAGUGGUGAUGAAAGACAUCUAUGUGCCUCUUGUGACCAGCAGUUCACAUCCAAAGAUGCCCUUGAAAUACAUGAUAAAUGCCAUAAUGGAAAUCAAGGAUUCCAGUGUCUUUACUGUAAUUUCAAUGUGACUGAGUGGAACUUAAUGGAGAAACACUUAAAAUCUCAUAAGCCGGUGAAGAGGAGCUACCAGUGCCUAACAUGUGAGAAGGUUUUUAUGACCCAAAGUGCCUGGAAAGUGCACAAGAAGAGUCACCGUGGGAGGAAAGGUGCUCUUCAGCACCCGGAGGGCAAGGCCCUUUUUGAGACAGAGCCAGCAGAAAACCUCCCUUUGGCCUGCCGUCAUGAGGGUUUGUUUAAGUGCCCUCACUGUGAUUUUAUUGAUAGCGAUUGGCCUAAGGUCCACAAACAUCUGAGUAGUACCCAUGACUAUAAUGCCAACUCACAUCCAUGUACUGAGUGUGAAAAAAAGUUCUUCAGAAUAGCAGAUUUGAAGAUGCAUAUGUCCAAACACAAGAAAGCCAGGGCCUUUCUUUGUUCAUUAUGUGACCAGACAUUCAAAUACAGACGUCAAUUGAGCAGGCAUCAUAAGCAUGUGCAUCAGAAACUGAAUAUAAAAGAGAGAAAAAAAAGAAAGAAAGCAGAGGUUAGCCUCAUUUAUUCAGGCACAGAAGCCACAGCCAGAACCAGGAAAAAUGCUGAUGAAUUUACCUGCAAAAUUUGCAACAGGAAAUGUUCCUCCAAAUUGGCCUUGCAGAGACAUAUGGGUAUACACGCUGGAGUUAAGCCUUUCCAUUGCCAGCACUGUGACUAUAAAACAAGACUGAAGGCUUCAUUGAUACAACACAUGCGGAUCCAUACUGGUGAAAAACCUUUUAAGUGUGAAAUUUGCUCCUAUGCCUCAAUUGAUGCCAGUUCCCUGCGCAGACAUUUUAGAACCCACACACGGGAAAGGCCCUACAAAUGCCAGCUUUGUUCAUAUAGUAGCAUUCAGAAGAAGAGCCUGGACCUUCAUGUACGACGACAUCACACAGGCGAGACAUUUGGCUGUAGUUUUUGCUGCUACUCCUCGCCUGAUAAGCAGCUACUUCGGAAACAUGUUAAAAAAUACCACUUCAGUUUGGAAACUCCUUUGGCUGACACUUAACCAGAUGUGACUCUCAAACUAUUUCCACUGGAUCAUUGGAUCCGUGAAAUCUAUAUCCCUUGUGGAAGUCUUUCCAAAAGGGAUGUCAUUAUAAUAAUACUCUCAAAUUUUUACUAAUUUCAUCACCAUGACCAGAGAGAAUGCCUGUGACCAGACACUGAAGAGAUAAGGAUUUGUGACUAUUUAUACAAUUUGGUACUGGUGAACUUUACAGAAUGUUUAAUAGGGUACAAUGUAGUAGAAAAACACUGCUAUUGGACUCCAAAGAGACCCAACUUUGAGUUUAGGCUGUGACAUCUAAUAGCUCGGGGACCUUGAACAAGUUACAAUCUCUCUGAGCCUCAGUUUCCUUUUCUGUAAAAUGGAGCUAAUAUUUGCACUAUAUAUCUCACAGAGUUAUUGUGAGGAAAUUGCUUUUUAAACCUGAGAUUGAUAACAAAUGUGAAUUAUCUUUACAUCAUCUAUAAUUCUCUGCUAUUAGCUUCUUAGCAUGCUCUGAGUUCUAAAGUAUGUGGUAGAACAGGAUUAAGUAGUCCCCCUCCCACCCCCACCCUUUACUACCUCCUGCUGUUUUCUGCGGUAGUUUAAAAAGAACAUGGGAACUAAGCAAAAUACCAUUUUGGUAGUGUCAAACCCCAGGGCGGUGAUUUAAAAUGCCAGAUGGCCAGAGUGCAUUCACUGUUAGCAUGAUAUUCGGCCCCAUCCUAUCAGAGUGAAAAAAGAUACUUAAGAACCACUGACUAGUUAUGUUCUAACUAUUUAUUACAUGCAGAUUAUUCACUGUUACUCAGUGAAAUAGUACAUGCACAAAACAUGCUAAAGGAAACAUCCAAUAAAUCUGCUUCUACAAACUAA